UGAGUUCAUGGGAGCCAAAUUUCACAUGCAUUCAAGCUUGGUGGUUGAUGAAGAACUCGCAAAAAAGCCAUUCCUGCAGGUUACAUGCAUAGCACCUUUGACUAUCGUAGUUGCAAUUUUCCUUUUUGUCAGAUAAGUUCGAUCAUAUGAGUGAGGAGCCCUUGGUGUAUCAAAACCAUUGUGCUGGUUUACAAAUUACUACGGCAAACAUAUAUCUAUUAAAUCAUGCGAGUUUAAUCAACAAGGUAUAAAAGAUCACUAGAAAUAAACCUGCAUACAUGUUUAAUGAUAUAAGGUUUAUUAAGAAAAAGAAUAUGUUUGCAUGUAUACCAAUAAGCAAUAUAUGACCUGAAGAAGUCGGCAUAUUUGGUUCGGCUGCUGCAACAUGAACAAGCGUGUUCAAAUCUUACCGGCGUAAAGGUUUUACGACUUGGUGCCUAUAGCAACAUGGGUUAGGUUUGCUUCAACGUUGUCGUUCUAGAAGAUAAUUCAACUGGAGCAUUUUUGUGGGACAACAUUUCCUGGCUUCCGGGUGUUUAUUGGCGCGACAAAUCUGCCGAUGUCGUGUCAAAUCUUAAAUUAGAUUCGAAGCUCAUCCAUUGGUGUACUGUUGCUGGUUAAUGACACCAAUUGUUUUAAGACAUUCUACCCGUUUUUCUCCUCCAAAGCACAAGAUUAUGAGCAGUUCAGUGAGAACUAGAAAACACACUGCACAUUCGGAUGAAGAAAUAACCUGCAUAUACUUGGGAUUGCAGAAAGACGCCAGAAAAAUCUUUUCAGAUUCAGAGGGAAAACAAACUUGCAUAGACUUGCGAUAUAAACGGACAUUUAUAUAGACGAUUUUGUGUCACAGCAUAUUGUUGGUUCUUCUUGUUGGUAGCGGGCAGAGGCAGAGAGAGAGAGAGAGAGAGAGAGAGAGAGAGGCUUGUAUGUCCUUCAGGGCAUGCUUUCAGCUCCGCGGAACAGCAGGGCCGCUCCGGCCAUGGUUUUGUCAUGCUUCGCCAUACUUUUCCGGUGAACGACUAUUACACAAUGGUUCUUCAUCUGAGGAUAACUCUUUGCUAACGUUCUAUAAGUAUCGCAGCAUGCACCGUUCUGGCUCUGCAAGUAAUCCUUCUGUGUAUUCCUCCAUCUUCAAAGUCUGUGCGUCGUCCGGUCUCAUAGAACAGGGUGGUUGUGUUCACGGCAUUGUGAUAAAAAAUGGGUUUGAUUCUGAAACUUCUGUAGCCAACUCCAUUAUGGGCUUUUACAACAGCUGUGGCAUGACGGCUUCUGCAAGGAAUCUUUUCCGUUUCAUGCUGAGCAGAGACUGUGUCUCUUGGACUGUCGUGAUGGCCGGUUAUAUUGAAGAUGGUACUGCAGAUGAGGCAUUGCAUAUAUUUACGCAGGCCCGAUCUGCUGGGUUGGAGCCAAAUAUCUCCACAUUGGUUCUUGUUUUGCGAGCUUGUUGCAUCUUGGAAGCUCGCCAAGAGGGCAAACAAGUUCAUGGGCUGUCGAUCCGCAAUGGGUACUCAUCUGUUUUGUCCAUCGAAAAUUCAUUGCUGAACUUCUAUGCAAAAUGUGGCGAUAUCAGAGAUGCAGUUAAUUUGUUCGAUCAGAUGCUUGAGAGAGAUGUCAUCACUUGGAGCACAAUAAUUACCGGUUGCGUAGAGAAUGGGCAAGCUCAUUUCGGAUUGCAGAUGUUUAAGGAAAUGUGGGUUUCAGAUGAUAUUAAUCCAGAUGGUCUCACAAUGGUCGGUGCAAUUCGAGUUUGUUCAAGCUUAGGUGAUGUAAGUGAACUAAAAAAAAUGCACAGCUGCGUUGUCAAGUUGGGUUUUGAAUCUGACGUAUUUAUGGGUAAUUCUCUAAUAGAUGCUUACUCAAAAUGCGAUGGCAUUGAUGAAGCACGUUUGGUGUUUUUCAAUAUGAAAUUCAGGAACAAGGUUUCGUGGAAUUCCAUUAUUUCUGGCUCAGUUUAUACUGCGAGCUAUGUGGAAGCUUUGAUGCUGUUCCGUUUGAUGCGUCAGGAAGGAACUGAAGCAGAUGAAGUGACCAUGGUUAACUUGCUUCAAUCAUCCAAGUACAUAGGAGAUGGAAAUCAAUGCAAGUCCGUGCACACUGUGAUUAUCAGAAGGGGACUCGAGACUCCUCAUGUACUGAACUCCAUCAUGGAUGCAUAUAUGAAGUGUGAACUUUUAGAGAUUGCCAAGCGGGUGUUCAAUGGGAUGACAAAUAGGAAUUUGGUUUCUUGGAGCACAUUGAUCGCUGGCUUUAACCACUGUAGCAAACCCCAUGAAGCAAUCCAUACUUUCAGAGAAAUGAUACUGAGUGGUGAGAAACCCAACUUUAUUACCAUGUUGAGUGUUCUCGAAGCCUGCACGCUCUUGGCAUCAUUACAGCAAGGGAAAUGGGCACACGGUUUCGUGAUCAGAAAUGGAUUUGAGAAAGAAGUUGCAGUUGGUACUGCUAUUCUGAACAUGUAUGCUAAAUGCGGGGAUGUGGUGUUAGCCAAAAAGGUCUUUGAUUUGACGCCGGAGAAAAACAUAGUAACAUGGUCUGCAAUGAUUUCAGCAUAUGGCUUUAACAGCCGCGGAGAAGAUGCAGUAACAUUGUUCAGAGGAAUGCAGCUAAAGCCGAAUAAUGUGACGCUGCUUUCCUUACUGUCUGCUUGCAGCCAUGGUGGGCUGGUUGAUGAGGGUCGCCUGCUUUUCAAAGAGUUUGCGCACGAUCCUGAAAUGUCAUUGAGUUUGCAGCAUUAUGCAUGCAUGGUGGAUCUGCUAGGUCGAGCUGGGCUGCUCGAUCACUUGGGGGAGCUCAUCAAGGAGAUGCUGUCAGCAGGGAUUGAAGCCGGAGCCAGUGUAUGGGGAGCAGUUUUGAGUGCAUGCAGGAGCCAUGGCAACACCAACCUUGGAAGAGAAGCAUUUGAGUAUGUCUCUCAGUUGGAGCCUGCCAAAGCAGCAUGCUAUACACUAGCCUCAAAUAUGUAUGCAGAUGCUGGAGUGUGGAGCGAGGCCGCGAGAAUGAGGAGUUUGGUGAGAGAGAGGAGACUCAAGGUGGUGGCUGGUUAUAGCUUGAUACAAGUGAAGAAUGGGGUGCAUAAGUUUGUCUCAGGAGAUAGAUCUCACCCCCAAUCUUGCGAGGUUUAUGCAACAAUUGAGCAUUUGCUUGGUGCCAUGAAGUUGGUAGCCAUUGAUCACAAUUUUCUCUCUUAAUUUUAUAGAGGGUUCUUAUUGAACAUCGAAUAAAAGAAUUUAGUC